AUGGCGCCCCAUUCUUCGCCAUCGUCCUCCGCAGCUUCUCCGCCCUUGAAGCGAAAGCAAGCGACUAUUUCCAGCUUCUUUACCCAAAAGCCGUCUUCGACACCAAAGCCUGCAUUGAAUGGCACCGAGACCGCUACUGAUAAGCUAUCGAAGAAGAGACCUGCCUCACCCAGAGAACCGAGUCAAGAGCGGAAACGAGCAGAUCCCAUACUGGAAGACGAGGAGGAUGAUGAUGAUGAGAUUGUGGUGCCACCUCCUAAGCGUGCUAGAACCAACGGCUCCGCCACAGAAGAAGCGAGAUCAGUGCCGACAGAGAUCCCCCUAAACUCACCCUCGCAACUCAGCAACAGCCAGCGCACCGGCAUCUUCAAGUUCCAGAGCUCGCCCGCCGUUGCUCCACCAAGCAAGGAACCCGAGGACACAGAGGAUGCAGAGCGAAGGAAAGAAAAAGAAAAACUGCACCAGAAGUUUGUGCGGAAGCUCGGUGGCCCUGAUUGUCUGAUUGGAAUUGGAAGGAAUGUGGCGAGUGACCUCGCCGGCGCCGCGGCCGAGGCGGAGGAAGGCGAGGAAGACGAUGAACCUGCGCCCCCGCCACCGACGAAGGGCAAGGGCGCCGCGAAGAAGGGUGGCAGCAAGCUCACGCCCAUGGAGAAACAGGUCAUCGAGAUUAAGCGCAAACAUAUGGAUACCGUGCUGGUGAUUGAGGUCGGAUACAAGUUUCGGUUCUUUGGCGAGGAUGCUCGUGUUGCAGCGAAGGAGCUGGGGAUUGUCUGUAUUCCGGGAAAGUUUCGAUUCGAUGAGCAUCCAUCGGAGGCGCACAUCGAUCGCUUUGCGUCUGCUAGCAUCCCUGUGCACCGGCUACAUGUACAUGUGAAACGCCUCAUUACAGCGGGCCAUAAGGUUGGCGUGGUGCGGCAGAUAGAGACGGCGGCGCUCAAGGCGGCUGGCGACAACCGCAAUGCGCCUUUUGUUCGCAAGUUGACCAACUUGUACACGAAGGGAACUUACAUCGAUGAUGUCGAGGGCCUUGAGGGUCCGGCUCCUGCGGCUGGGGGUGCUUCGCCGGCGACUGGGUAUAUGCUCUGCAUCAUGGAGACUAAUGCGAAGGGCUGGGGCAAUGACGAGCGAGUGCAUGUCGGUAUUGUCGCCGUUCAGCCUACUACGGGUGAUGUGAUCUACGAUGACUUCGAAGAUGGGUUUAUGCGCAGCGAGAUUGAGACGCGGCUGCUGCAUAUUGCCCCCUGCGAGAUUCUGAUUGUUGGGGGAGAUGUCCAAGGCGAGUGA